AUCUAUAACAACAUUCCCUAUGGACCUUUGGCUGGAGCAAAGAUGAAACCUCUUCUCUGUCAGUUUAAAUCCUGCAAAUCUCCUUCAUUGCUUCAGCUAAAGCUUUCAUCUUCAUGUUAAAGUCCAGAUUUUGCAUGGUUAAUUGGGGGUGGAGCAUUCGUCAUGGAAGAAAGGAGAAGUUUGCUAGAGAAGAAAGGAACAGACGAAGUAGUUGUUAGGAUCCCUGGUAGUGAGUACCAAACCAGAGGUUCUUCGUCAAGAUCCAAUCUUGAUCCAAGAGAUGCUAAGAAUUUCCAAUCAGUAGGACAGAGUUCUGCUCAAGGAGUCACUCAAUCCGGCCCAACUCCGAGUAGGCCUCGCGUAAAUCCCACUGGUUAUUCAGCUACAAAGAAGUUCUCCCCGAGUCCAUUGAUGUCGAAGCGGAGAUCAAGAUUUGAAGAACCAUCAUGGCACAGUGUUGUUGCUUCAGUUAAGGACAUUACCCAACUGAAGAAUUCAGAGAGUUCGCCUAGUAUGGGUUCGCCUUACAGCGAUGCAAGCGCUAACGCCACUAAAGACAGUGUGAAAUCCAUGCGGAACGUGGGUCAAACGCCUCCUUGGAAGGCUGCAGAGGUGGAAGAUGAUGAGCAUGUGUACAAGGCUGCAAAUUCGAAGGUCCGAGAGAUGGCUGGCAAGAAAUUCAUCAAGAUUAUUAUCUGGAUUGAGUUGGCGGCAUUUGUGUGCAUCAUGGGACUUCUGAUCGCGAGUUUAACCGUUCGCAAGCUGAAAAAUACAGAGAUUUGGCACUUGGAGCUGUGGAAAUGGUGUGUGCAGGUGUUGGCGAUCUUUUGUGGUAGGUUGGUGACUGACUGGUUGAUUAACACACUGGUUUUCUUGAUUGAGAAGGAGUAUUUGCUCAAACAGAAGGUCCUGUACUUCGUCUAUGGAUUGAAGGACAGUGUCCAAACGUUUACCUGGCUGCUUUUCAUUCUUUUGGUGUGGGUUUUGCUGAUGAACUAUGGAGUGAAGCGAUCGAUGCAAGAGACGGAGACUCUACAUUAUGUGACGAUGGCUCUCGCUUCUUGUGUUGUUGGAGCUGCUAUAUGGCUUGUCAAAACACUGGCGAUAAAAUUACUAGCGUCUUCUUUUCAAUGCAAGAGGUUCUUUGAUCGCAUCCAAGAAUCUCUCUUUCACCACUACAUAGUCAAGACCCUUUCAGGCCCGCCUUUGAUGGAACAGGAAGACAAGCUCUACGGGCGGCUCAGCUUCAAGUACAUCAAAGGAGUGGCGAAGAAGCUAGAGGAGGUCAUUGAUGUAGAGAAGCUGAGUAAGAUAGACCGGAAUCAAAUUUCUGCGUGGACGAUGAAAGGGUUGGUUAAUGUCAUCAGCGACUCAUCCUUAGGGACUUCAACUCUUGUUGGAAGCCUUGAUCAAUGUUGUGAUGAGGACGCAGAGCAACAAAAUACGGAGAUCACUAGUCAAUCAGAAGCAAUGGCAGCUGCUGACGAGAUAUUCAAGAAUGUCACCAAGAAGUCUGGACAUGAGUACAUUGAAGAGAAGGACCUCUUGCGCUUCAUGAAGAAGGAAGAUGUUGACAAAUUCAUCCAUUUGGUUCAUGGAGCGGCAAAAACUAGACGGAUCUAUAGGUCAUCUUUAAAGGACUGGCUGGUGAGCGUUUACCUUGAAAGGAAGUCCCUCGCCUACAGCUUGAACGACACGAAAACAGCCAUCGAGGAGCUGAACAGGCUUGUUUCAGCAGUUGUGCUGGUCGUGAUCAUUAUCGUAUCGUUACUUAUGAUGGGAGUUUUGACGACGCAAGUACUCGUCUUCAUUUCAUCCCAGGUUUUGGUUGUAGCAUUUAUGUUUGGGAACACAGCCAAAACAGUGUUCGAAGCCAUCAUUUUUGUUUUCGUGAUGAAUCCUUAUGAUGUUGGUGACCGUUGUGUCAUCGACGGAGUGCAGAUGGUAGUCGAAGAGAUGAAUAUCCUGACAACAGUCUUCGUGAGAAAUGACGGCGAGAUGAUAUUCUACCCAAAUUCAGUUCUGUCCACCAAACCCAUCAGCAAUUUCUACAGGAGCCCCAACAUGAGUGAUUCCGUGGAGUUCACAGUUGAUUUCUCCACUUCGCAUGACAGCAUUACUGCUUUAAGAGAUGAAGUAAAAGGGUACUUGGAAGAUAGAUCUCACUAUUGGAAGAAGGAUCACAGCAUCGUGUUUAACGAGAUUGAAGACCUGAACAAGUUGAAGAUGACUCUACACGUCACUCACACAAUAAAUUUCCAAAACCCUGGAGACAGGAACAUCCGGAGAUCUGAGCUCAUGUGGGAGCUGAAGAGGAUCUUCGAGAAACUCGGUAUCAAAUACCGUCUGCUUCCCCAAGAAGUUCGAGUCAGCUACACUGGUUCACCACCCGCUGAUGCGAGGUUCUGACUCCUCCAGGAGCGAAGUUCCUAGCCAGCUGCAAGUAUGUUGUAGAGUGAUUAUUUCCUUUUCCAGAUCUUAAGUCACUCCAUUAUGUCUAUAAGUCCAAAAGGUAUGAAACCACAGUUUGCUGGAAAUUGGUUCUCACCACGGUUUCCUAUUGCCUUUGCUCACCAACUUCCAAAUUCUGCUUAAAAUUAUGGAGGAGAUAAAUCUAGCAUUGAG